UCGACAACAUGGUCGAGUAAUGGACAGACCAUUUGAACAUAUAAGCGUUGACAUCUGAGUUAGGCAAGGGGCACCCGCGCAGGUUUCAUACUGUCUUCUGUCAUGAUGUGUUUGUUAUGUCGAUACGUGUUGCUGUCAUAUAAAUAAUGUGACGAAGUUGUCAUAAAAUUGAACAACUAUUUAGACAGAGAGACACACUUUCUGGAGGACACAAGCAAUACUGGAUGGACUAUUGAUGACAGUCUAAACCUGUAACUUGGACUUUACGAGACGUAAAGGAGAGACUCGGAACUUCACAUUCAUUCGGUACAUUCAUUCUGUCAGAGAUGCAGACGUUCGUGAAAGGAAAGCGAGUUGGAUACUGGCUCAGUGAGAAGAAGAUUAAAAAACUCAAUUUCCAAACCUUCGUGGAUUUGUGCAGAAAACAAGGCAUAGAGAUGAUUCAGCUGGAUCUGAGCCAUCCAAUAGAGAACCAGGGUCCUUUUGAUGUCAUCAUCCACAAGCUGACCGACCACAUUGUUGAUGCUGACCAGAAUGUCACAGAGUCUCUGCUACUUGUUCAAGGUGUUCAGGACUACAUAGACGCUCACCCUGAAACAGUGAUUCUGGAUCCUCUUCCGGCCAUCCGUACCCUGCUGGACCGGUGCAAAUCAUAUAAGCUAAUCCAUAAACUGGAACACAGCAUGGAAGAUGACAGAAUCUGUUCACCUCCGUUUAUGGUUCUCAAGACAGAAUGUGGCUCUGAAACUCUGGAGCAGCUCCACAAACAUGGAAUCACAUUUCCUUUUAUCUGUAAACCCCAGGUAGCUCAUGGCACCAAUUCUCAUGAGAUGGCCAUCAUCUUUAGUGAGGAAGAUCUGAAAGACAUCAAGCCUCCAUGUGUCCUCCAGAGCUUCAUUAACCAUAAUGCAGUGCUCUAUAAGGUGUUUGUAGUUGGCGAGGCCUACAGUGUGGUGCAAAGGCCCUCCAUUAGGAAUUUCCCAUCUGGACCCACAGACAGGAGAGCAAUAUCCUUCAACAGUCAUCAUGUGUCCAAACCAGAGUCCUCUUCUCAUCUGACCUGUAGGGAUAACAUGGAGGGUCAGUCCUGGAAGCCAAGCAAUGAGGUCAUUCAAAAAAUUUCCAGAAAGUUACGCCAGGCCCUUGGCAUCUCUCUGUUCGGGAUUGACAUUAUCAUCAACAACCAGACCGGGCAACACGCCGUCAUCGACAUCAACGCUUUCCCGGGUUACGAAGGAGUCCCCGAGUUUUUCGACGACCUUUUGAGCCACAUCAGCAGCGUCCUCCAAGGUCAGGUUUGCAAUGGAGUGGCGUGCGGGCACCUGAGAGUCAACGGGACGGCGCAGAGCCAGACCGUGCACUGCGGCAUGCUGGGAAACGACAGCAGCUGGUUGAUGGAAAGCGAGGGGAUCAAGAAGGGUCCGCAUCAGGGAUUGAGUUGUUGCGGCGGCUGCAUGACUCCGAACUUUCACCAGCACAGCAGAUCCACUUUAACAGCAGAGACGUCCUCGCAGUGACUAGAGAGUUUCAUUAGUGCCUCAUCAGUGCAUAGGUGUACAGACAAUUCAUUUGUGCCAAAAUGUUGAAACAAUUAACAAAUGUUUUACUGAUUUUGUCAUUUAUUUAAUUUAAUGUUUGAAAGGGACGAGCUGAUCUUGGAAAUGAAUGUGAUUUACUUUUCUUUUAUGAAUGUUGCACUGAGUUUGAUUUGCAGAACAAGGAGAAAAUGAAGAUAUUGUUAAUAUAUUAAUGAGAUGCUUGAAAAGGAAAAUGAGUGUCAUGAUUUGGAUUAAGACGUUGCACUAUUUAAAUAAGACUUAGACUCAGGGUUCAUACACAUUUUUACUACUAAAGUUCCAUGACUUUUCCAUGAUUUUUCCAAGACUUUCAAGUAAAUUUACAUGACUGUUUCAUGCAAUGUCUACAUAUGGGUGGUAAAAGAAAGACAAUGCAUGUUCAAAUUUAUUAUAGCAUAUCAUAAAACACGCAGCAAUCUAUUUAGUUUCAAUUUAUAUUUAUAUCUGUGUAAAACUGAUUUAGAUCACUGAUAAUGUGAGAGAAUGUGAUUGGCCAAGGACACAAAAGAAGCAAGUAACCUAUAUUCAAGUAUACAGAUAUCUGUUUUCCAUGACUUUUCCCAAAACUCCUGUUUUUCUAAAACUUUUCAGGCCUGGAAAAUGCCAUGUCAAAAUUCCAUGACUUUUCCAGGUUUUCCAUGACUGUAUGAACCCUGUAGACUCUUUUGGUGUGUAUGAAUUGUGGCUUAAUAAGAGAAAGUCUUUUAUUGCUGUCUUAAGCAAUCUGCUAGUGAUGAAUCUGUUUCAACAACAGCAACUUUUUUGCUUUUUUAAAAAAGAAAGUAAGAUGAAGAAUCAUUUCAUGUAAAAUCCUCGCAUACUGGAAGAUCAUAUGAUAUCAAAUAGGGGUUAUGCUUUUAUUGCCUAAAAUGACUGUCACCCAAAAGUGAAAAUGUUCAACGUGUUAUUUCCAACCUGUACGACUAGAUUUCAUUCACAGAAUAUUUCUGUAUGUUUACUGUUUACACUUUACUGUAUUUGUUCAAUAAAUUAAAAUCAAGGUUCAAAGAA